UCCCACAUCGACAGAACCAAAUUCAAAAUGAGCUUUCUUCUGGCCUUCACUGUCAUCUUUUUGUUCUUGUCCUGUGUAGUCAUAGGUUCGGCCGAGCAGUGUGGGAGGCAAGCAGGUGGUGCCCUUUGCCCCGGUGGCCUAUGUUGUAGCCAAUUCGGUUGGUGCGGCGACACGGAUCCCUACUGCAAAGAUGGUUGCCAAAGUCAGUGCACCCCCGUUGGCCCACCCCCGGCCCCUCCCGGACCCGGUGGUCUGACCAGUCUUAUAUCGAGAGAUUUGUUCAAUCGGAUACUUUUACAUAGAAACGAUGGCGCUUGUCCUGCACGUAACUUCUAUACCUACGAUGCUUUCAUCGCCGCCGCUAGUUCCUACCCUGCCUUCGCCACGACCGGCAACCAAGAUACUCGCAAGAGGGAAAUCGCCGCUUUCUUGGCCCAAACUUCCCAUGAAACUACUGGUGGGUGGCCGAGUGCACCGGAUGGUCCAUAUUCAUGGGGAUACUGCUUCAAUAGGGAACAGAACCCACCUUCAAACUACUGCCAGCCGGAUCCAACCUACCCAUGUGCCUCUGGUAGACAAUAUUUUGGCCGGGGUCCCAUGCAACUUUCUUGGAACUACAACUAUGGGCCGUGUGGAAGGGCCAUAGGGGUGGACUUGUUAAACAACCCCGACCUGCUAGCAACCGAUGCCACUAUUUCCUUUAAAUCAGCAUUUUGGUUUUGGAUGACAGCGCAACCGCCCAAGCCUUCUUGCCACAAUGUGAUCGUCGGAGCAUGGUCACCCUCCGGUAGCGAUCAGGCAGCAGGUCGGGUUCCGGGAUACGGUGUGAUCACAAAUAUUAUCAAUGGAGGGCUUGAAUGCGGUAGGGGUUGGAAUGCACAGGUGGAGGACCGGAUCGGGUUCUAUAAGAGGUACUGUGACAUACUCGGAGUUAGCUAUGGCAACAAUCUCGACUGCUACAACCAAAGGCCUUUCGGGAAUGGAGUCGCGGUGGAUUCGAUGUAGCUUUGUGUCAAACUAAUGAAAUCAAUAAACGUACAAGCUAAGAUGUUAGAGCUU